AUGCUUUAUCUAGCCUCAAAAAACAACAAAAUAUUUUUAACAAUACCAAAGACUAUUAUUUAUGGCUUCGGGUUUAAGGACCUUACAAUGAUUUCGACAGUAGAAAAAACCAUGCAUUUUCAAGAAAUUUCUCUAACAAAUUUGCAUAGGUUUCUGAAUGAAUUUGAAUAUGAGGAUAAAAACUUUCCAUUUGCUGUAUUUAAAACAAAAGAUAGUAUCACACUUGUAAAUAAUCCUCAAGAAGCUUAUAUUGUAUUUAAUAUAAUCUCCUAAAAUUAUUUAAUAAAAAUUUUGAUUUUAUAUAAAAAAAAGGAUUUUUCUAAAAAAUUUAUUUUUAUUAAAUAAAUAAAAAUUGCUUAUACACUUAUAGAAAAAAAUGUAAAAAUCAGAUACGAAUUUUCUUUACAACAAUAUAUUAUUUCCCCCGGAGAUUACACACAAAUAGUCCGUGUAUCAAAAAAUUCAGCAAAUCGUAUAUCCGCAAAAAUCAUAAAAAAUAAAUAUUCCUUUAUUUGCCAAAAGAAAAAUCAUGUAAUGUUAAAUCCGAAUUUAAACUUUUUCCUAACGACUACAGAAGAAAAGGAACAAAAAUACUCUGAUUUUCAGCCAUUAACCAAAAGUUUUAUAAUAAUUAGAGGAAUUUGUGUCGGAAAAGGGAGUAUUUCUAUGUCUACUAUUGAAUUGUCACAGAGUAUCGAUUGGAUUUAUAGUAUAUUAAAAGCAGUGUUAUUACAUAGGACUGUUAUGAAAGUUUCAGCUAAUUUUAUUAUGAGUAAAAAUAACGAAUGAUUUUUGAUAAGUUUACAUUCGUGCCAUAUUAGUGAAAAGAAAGCCGAAAUUUCAUUUUUUAGGAGAAAAUCAACAGAAACUCCAAGCAUGAUAGGUAAAUUAAAUAGAACGGUAGCUACUGGCCAUGAUUUAUUAAACCUUACUAUAUGCUCAAAAAAUCAUGAAGAUAUUGAUAAAACAUUUAUGGGUAAUAAUACACCUAGCUUGGAAUUAAAUAAAAUAUUUAAUAAGGAUCCCAUAACUCCCCAAAAAAUUAAGCAAAAACCGCCUUUAGCACGAUCCCAAACUGUUAAAAAAAUCCCUCCUGUGAUAGAAACAAUAGAAAAUGAUAUUGAUACUUUAAUUGGGAAAGAUCGCCUGAAAGACCUGAAGUAUAUGAACUAUCAGAAGUGGCUUAAAAGAAGGGAAGAUAAGCUGCCUGAUAUGAUGCUUGAAAAAACCUAUGCAAAACAGAUUUCUACAUUCCAUGAUGCUGUUAAAAAGAAACACAAUUCAAGCUUGAAUUUGUUAAAAAAUUUUAUAUGAUUUUACAUUAAAAGGGUUUAUUAUUAAUUGGCUUUAUAAAGAAGGAUAUUUCAUAUGGAAUAGGCAUAAAACAAACUAUGGAGGACAUAGUGUCAAUAAAUUCAUUAAAAGGAGAAUUUGUAGUAAAAGACGCUUCCAAGCUGCUUUUAACGAAAAAUUUCAAGAGGCAUUUAAACUGAUUUGCAGAAGACAAUAAAAAUGAUGAAGAAGAUGAUAAAGUAUCAUCAAUAAGAGCAAGCUUUACUCAAGCCUUUAAAGAUAAAUGUGUAGAAAAUGUCAUAUUAAAUGGCUGCCAAAGGCUAGAAAGCCUAAAAAGGAAAAGAUCAAUCAAAAAAUAA